AUGUGCCACUCAUGGGCGCUGGGCCGCGCCCAAUCCAAGUCGACUAUCAUCCUGCCGAGCGGCGAGCUCAAGGGAUCCCAGGUAUGGCAGCGACCAGACGCGCACCCAUCGCGUGCGAGCUUGGACAUGAGCGGGGCUGGCCUCAUCGCAGUCAUCACGGGUCUCUCGCUGUACCGUAUCGCGUUCCUAGCCGUCAGCUGCCAGGCCGUGAAUUCCUCGCUGUUGCCCACCGGGUCCACCGGCCCAAAGCACAUGCCACAAGUGCAGAUCCGUUAG